AUGCCUAUACAGAAGGUUAAAGCUCGUCAAAUUUUUGAUUCCAGAGGUGAUCCAACUUUGGAAGUAGAUAUAAUUACAGAUGUUGGAUUAUUGAGAUCUUCGGUACCGUCUGUUCUGGUACCAAACCCUAAUCAGGCACAAGAACUAAGGGAUGGAAAUGAAGCUAUGUAUCAUGGACGUUCAGUAUUUAGAGCUGUUGACAUGGUCAAUAAUGUAAUUGCACCUCAACUUCUGAAAUCGAGAUUAGAAGCUUGCCAACAAAUGGAGAUAGAUAGUUUAUUAAACCGUUUAGAUGGUACUGAGAAUAAAUCGAAAUUAGGUGCGAAUGCAAUCCUUGGUGUCUCCAUAGCCUGCUGUAAAGCUGGCGCCGCGAAAAAAGGCCUUCCAGUUUACAGAUAUAUUGCAGAAUUAGCGGAAAAUGGAGAACUUUAUAUACCUGUUCCCAGUUUCAACAUGAUUAGUGGAGGCAGGCAUGCUAAUAAUACAAUACCAUGUCAAGAAUUUAUGAUUUUGCCUAUAGGAGCUGAAAGUUUUGCUGAUGCUAUGAAAAUGGGUACCGAAGUAUAUAGAGUACUCGAACAGAAGAUUGCAACUGCUCAAGAAAUUCAGUUACCCCUUCCAGUCAGCGACGAAGGUGCAUUUACACCCUUAGAAUUGGAGGAAGAUAAAGAGGCUUUAUUAUUAUUAGAUGAAUCAAUUAAGGAGGCAGGAUAUGAGGGAAAAAUUAAGAUAGGAAUAGACAUGGCAGCCAGUGCCUUUUACAAAGAAGGAGGAUAUGAUUUAGCAUUUAAAACAGAAGAUUCUGAUCCUGACGAAUAUAUGGAGGCAGAAGCACUGAAAGAUCAAUAUUUAGAAUAUUUUACAGAAUUUCCAUCUCUUGUCUCGAUCGAAGAUCCAUUCGACCAAGAAGAUUGGGAAGGUUGGCUCACAUUAGCUGAUCAAGAUAUUCAAAUUGUUUCUGAUGAUUUAACAGCGAUGAAUAUUGAUCGAAUUGAGGAAGCUAUUGAAAGACAAAUGGCUAACGCUCUCGUACUGAGACUCUCCCAAGUUGGAACCGUAACGGAGGCAAUUAACUGUGCAAAAAUAGCGAGAAUCAGUAACUGGGGAUAUAUUGUGACAGCUUGUGAAGGAGAAACUGAAGAUAAUUUUGUAGCUGAUUUUGCUAUAGGAUUAUCUGCUGGACAAUUUAAAGCUGGGGCGCCUUGUAGAAGCGAAAGAACUGCCAAGUAUAACCAGAUAUUAAGAAUCGAAGAGGAACUUGGAAAAGACGCAAAAUAUGCUGGUCUUAAUUUCAGAAAUCCGUUAGCUAAAUAAUUCUUUAU